AACCCCAGCCGUCCACCACCACCAUACCAAAACAUAAUGGGUGCUAUGUGGAUCAGUUGUUCUGAAACCUCUCAGACUAACAUUAUAUCUUUCGUGUGCCUCUGUCUUUAUCUUUCGUGAACAUGACAAUAUAACGAGGCAUUGGAGCGUUUGAUAAGGUCCAGUCCUCACCUGGCUUGGUUGACCAGAUCGUAUUCCAUCUCCAAAUUUCAGCUUUAACAAAACCUACCCUCUAGAAUCAUGUCUGGGCCAGGAGAUCUACCUGCCCUGGAGUCUGGGAUGGGGAUGGGAGGCAUGUCUCUGCCUAUCGGCAUGACCCGGCGAGCCCUCAGCUACGACGACAACCUGGAGGCCCCCAUGUCCCCCCCGCCCUCGGACAUCAACAUCAACAACCUGUGGAGAAGGCCGGUAAUCCCUGAUAGAAAGUUCCAGCAGCUGGCUGAGGAGGACGAGUCUGGAGGCAGCAAGACCCACACUGCCUCGUUCACCGCCGGCUCCGCCAAGCCCCAUGUCCCGGUAGUGAAGGCCAAGGCCUCCUCCAUCAUCAUGAACUCCCUCAUGACCAAACACACUCAGGACCACAUGUACAAAUUUGAGCAGAAGGCAGGGCUAACUGACUCAAGCUACACCCCCCACAAGGGGCUGACCGCCGAGGAGACUCGCUACCACCAGCGAAUGCCGGACUCCCUCCAAAAACUGAACGUCCAGAGUGCGGAAGCGAAGGACGACAAAUCGACGUUGUCGGCUCAGUCGACCCCUUCCGGAACGCCCCAGACCUCCCCCAAAAACACACGCAGGGGCUGGUUUAACAGCCAGGGGUCGACAGCGUCCCUCACCGGCUCUGACCUGAGCGUGAGCUCCAGCAGCAGCCUGGACAUGGGCCCCGUCGAGGCCGGGGGAGCCGUGGAGCGCUGGGGCGCGUUCGGGCCGCGGCCCGGCGUCCAGAAGCCACCGCUCGACCCGAGCACGGAGCCAGGCUCCGGCGGCGCAGGGGGAUUUGCCCUGCAGGCGUACCGUGGUGCCCAGAAGCCCACCCCCAUGGAGGUCAUGAAAGCCCAGGCCACGCGAUUGGCCGAAGACCCCGCCAGUAACAAAGCCCCGCCCAAGAUGGAAAUCCCCAGCAUGGAUGGACGGAGGCAGGGCGGCCGGCCGGCCAAACUCAAGCAUCGAGACAUCAACAUUCUUACGCCUUCCGGCUUCUGAGACACCAUGCACUCCCAUAUUUCUAACACACACACACACACUCUCACUCACACACACACACACAGAUGCAUAAACACACAUUAUAGGGAUAGUGUUUUAUCCUAGAUGACAGCUCAGGGAGAACCUCACUCUGGAGGGUUGAGUGGUUUGCUGGUCUUACCCUUUUCCAGUUCCUGUGCUACCUGUUCACUCCCUUUCUCUCCCCCAGUGAUCCUCUGUGUCCUUGGAGACAAACGGAAAAUGUUUUUUGUUUGUUUUGUUUUUGUUCUCCUUCCUUUGCACUAAAAUGUGUUUUAUAGAUUCGGUAAUGAUAGUGUGAUCAAAUACAUGUGCUGGUGCCAUGUCUUUUGUUGUUUCUUGUAUUUGCUUUUCACCUCAGUGUUUUAUUUGCCUUUUUUUGUUGUUGUCGAGAUUCAAAGGUUUUGUGUUUCUGUGUCAUUUCUGUUAAACGUUUGAAAGUUCUGAUGGUGCAAAAAUCCUGUUUUUCAGUUGAUUCAGUUAUUCCAUUCUGUAUUCUAUUUCUAUUUUGAUCCUGAAAAGGAAAAGGAGGGGGAAAAAACACACUGGAAUUUUUACAUCACUCCGUAUUCUUCAAAUUAGUGUUUGCUGCUUGGAAAUGUGUCCUUGUUUGAUUUCAUUAGCUGUCAUCGAUUGCUGUCAUUCCCCAAAUGUACUUUUUGUGAUCAGAAAUGUCACCAACAUGAUGGUCCCUUCAUUCAGUCUCGUUUUGGUAUUUGUCUGUACCAAAAAGAUCAAACUUAUAAUGUUAUGUAUUUAAUAUUGUGGUGAUUGUUGUUCACCCUCAAUGAAGUGUACUGUUAUUCUCAUUCCUCUUGUAUGGAUUUGAAUUAACUCUUGUAGAUUAUGUGACACUAACCCUGUUGUCAGCAGUUCUGUUUUUGAAAGAAAUAUCCAUAUAUAUGGUUGUAUCCAUAUAUAUGUCCCCUGUGGACCUAUGUUGUGUAUAUAUUCAGAAUAAAAAAUAUUAACAACCGCA